CCGCAAAUGAACACUGAACACCCAAAAUUCAUCUUCUUUCUACAAUUUUCCUGCGAAAAAAACGAGAAGCUGCUUCAAUCCUCUGCAAACAAGUCCAUCAGAAGCCUUAGUCGCCUUCUUCUGUGUUCCUCCUAUAUGAGCUGAGUUCAUCAUGGUGGAUCUGCCUAGUUGUGGGAAGCUUGUUGCCUUGGCAACUUUAGUCUCAGUGGGGAUCACGUUGCAAAUACUGGCUUGUGCUUUGUUCAAUAACUGGUGGCCAAUGCUAACAGCAAUAAUGUAUGUCAUGCUUCCGAUGCCUUUGGUUUUCUUUGCGGGAUCAAAUACUUCAUCUCUCUACUCGACAUCUGAAAACGGCUGGAUAGGUGCAACUAAGUUCUUGACUGGAGCUUCAGCGGUUGGCAGCAUCGCGAUACCAGUCAUCUUAAAGCACGCUGGUGUAAUCGGUUGGGGAGCCAUGGCGAUGGAACUCUCGUCCUUCUUCAUUUUCGUUUUAGCUAUUGUAUGUUACAUUGUAACCGGUGACAAUGGCAGCUAUAAUAUACUUUGAUCCCCAUUAAUCUCCUGUUUUCCAUGUAUAGGGGGUUCAUGUGCCUCCAUUCUUGUUUGUUUAAGCAUUAUAUUGUAAAAUACAGAGUUUUCUCUCUGUCAAUUCAUGUUCCUCUUCAGUCUUCAAUGUCUUUUGCUCUCUUCA